GCUGGCGGCGCAGAGUUGAGUUUACUCGGGUGCGACGGAUCCUAUUGAAGGCCCCCAGGAGCCAGGGGGAAGCUGUGGGGGUAACCAGGAAGGGCUCCUGGCGCUCUUGGCGCUGCGGUAUUCGGGAGUCCCCCUACCCGGGAGCGUUCCCCCCUUUGCCCGGCUCCUGGAGCUCUCCGGCCGCCGGCCCGCUCCCGGAAGCGGUGGCACCUGGUAACAAAGAGCCUGCCAGGCCUCCGCUGCCCGGGCUGCGGGACCCAGGAGUCCCGAAGAGCUGCUGGGAGUGAGCGCUAGCCAGGCCAUGAGGCCAGGUUUGCGGCUGUGAGAGGCGGCCGGCGGCCGAGGCGCUGGUGCGGGCCGGGAAACCAGUGCCUCCUUCCUUGCCGCCCAUCGGUUUCGGGGCGCAGGUGCCUCUAUUCUCUGGGCCGCUCCACCUGGAAAGGCGGCUUCACGACGGCGGCACCUGGCCGUCGGUUGAAGGGACCGACGCUCUGCCUCGGGCUGCGAACCGCGGGUUUUUCUGCAGGACUCAGAGAGGACCUGGCUCUUCCGCGAGGGUUCCUGCUGCUUGGUGUAAAGAAGCUGGGGAAGCCUGACGGGUUUCGUUUUUAGUAAAAAGUUUUUAUAAGUCUCCAUUUUUAGAAAUUUUUGCAGCGUUUGAAGUACUCUACCUCUUCGCAUCCUUUCUCCUGCUCCUUGAGUCUUUUUUUCUUUCUCAGCGGUAAACAUUUUUACUAUUGGAGCAGACGAGGGAUGAACAUUUUGUAAUUGAAAGUGUAACUGUUAAAACCUCGUGGAGCUAGUAGUCAAGAUGGACAAAAAGUCCUUUGAAACGGUGCUGGAUGAAAUUAGAAAGGCUGUUUUGACUGAGUAUAAAUUAAAAGCGAUUGAAUAUGUGCACGGAUAUUUCUCUAGUGAACAGGUGGUUGAUUUACUGAGAUAUUUCUCCUGGGCUGAGCCUCAGUUGAAGGCAAUGAAAGCAUUACAGCAUAAAAUGGUGGCUGUUCACCCAGCAGAAGUGGUCAAUAUACUCAACUGUUUCACCUUCAGUAAAGACAAACUAGUUGCUCUUGAACUGUUAGCUUCAAACAUUGUCGAUGCACAGAAUUCUCGUCCCAUUGAAGAUUUGUUCAGGAUAAAUAUGUCUGAGAAGAAACGGUGCAAGAGAGUGCUGGAACAGGCUUUUAAGGGAGGCUGCAAAGCUCCUCAUGCUAUGAUAUCUUCUUGUGGAACGAUCCCAGGAAAUCCAUAUCCCAAAGGAAAACCUAGUCGCAUAAAUGGAAUUUUCCCAGGAACCCCUUUGAAGAAAGACGGUGAAGAAUGUACCAAUGAAGGCAAAGGAAUCGCUGCAAGGAUUCUUGGACCAUCCAAACCACCUCCUUCAACCUACAAUCCACAUAAACCAGUUCCUUAUCCAAUACCUCCGUGCCGGCCACACGCAACCAUUGCACCCAGUGCUUACAACAAUGCCGGUCUGGUACCAUUAGCCAAUGUCAUAGCUCCAGGUGUGCCCCCACCACCUCCAUACACUCCUAAUCCAGGAGCAACAGAAAAUGAAGACCUUUCCAAUCAAUCAAAACCCACACAGAACCAAACAUUUUCUACCCCAGCAAGUCAGCUCUUUUCUCCUCAUGGCUCUAAUCCUUCAACACCUGCUGCAACUCCCAUUCCUACGGCCUCCCCAGUCAAGGCUGUAAACCACCCAUCAGCAUCCGCAACUGCCACGGUCUCUGGGAUGAACAUGCCAAGUACUGUCCUUCCAGUGUUCCCGGGGCAGGUCUCCGCAGCCGUUCAUACCCCGCAGCCAUCAACGCCCAUUCCAACAGUUAUCAGAACCCCUUCCUUGCCGACCGCACCCUUAGCUUCCGUCCACAGCACAACAUCUGCUCCCGUUCCUUCAGUGUUUUCUGGCCUCGUUCCACUGCCAGGUCCCUCUGCUGCUCCUACCGCAGCCCCUCAGGCCACAUCUAUACCUCGGGCCACCGCUUCCAAUGAAACCUUUGCUUCUACUUCGCCGCCGUUCACUAGCCUCCCCUUUUCUGCCACCUGUACUGCUGCUUCUACCAACAACCUCAAUUCCGCUGCACUGUCAUCGGUUUUUGCGGGUCUCCCCUUGACCUUAACACCGACAUCCCAAGGUGUGACCAACCCAACUCCUGUGAUCGCCUGUGGUUCUGCUCCCACUGUUGCUUGUCCGCUUGGCGUAAAUAACCCCCUUCUGUCUGCUUUAAAAGGCUUUCUCACGUCAAACGAUACCAGUCUAAUCAGCUCCUCCGCUCUACCCUCGGCUGUUACCAGUGGGCUGGCUUCACUCCCCUCUCUCUCUAAUCAGAGCUCCGACCCUCCCGCGUCGGCAGCUGGCAAAUGCUACGCGGCGCAGAGGUCCUCCACCCCGGGCCUGGCCCUGUUCCCAGGCCUGCCCUCUCCCGCGGCCAACUCGGCCUCCACGCCGCCCAGCCUGCCCACGCAGUCUUCUCUGGCCGUGCCCGCGGCCUCAGUGGCCUCGGGGCCCGGUGGCUCCGCGGCAACCCUGCUGCCCGGCCCCCAUGCGGGCAGCUCAGACCUGCGCGCCCCGUCCACUCCCGCGCCCGCCGUCACCACCCUGCCCGUCAUGAUCAAAACCGAGCCCACCAGUCCCACGCCGUCGGCCUUCAAGGGCCCGUCCCACCCCGUGCCCCCCUGUCCCGGCACCCUGGGCCUGUCGGGGACACUGGGACGGGCGUACACGUCGGCCUCCGUGCCCAUCACCUUACCGUCCUGCCUUAACCCGGCGUUAUCGGGCCUGUCCAGCCUGAGCGCGCCCCUGAACGUCUCCAACCCGCUCUCCUCCAUCUCUCUGCCCCCGCACGGCUCCUCCACCCCCAUCACCCCGGUCUUCACCGCCCUGCCUCCUUUCACGUCCCUGACCAACAACUUUCCUCUGCCUGGCAACCCGGCCGCCUCCCUGCCCGGGGCGCUGAUUGCCACCUCGGCUGCGCCCACCACCUCCUCUGCGCUCCCGCACCCCAGCUCCUCGGCCGCCGCGCUCUCAGGACUCUCGGCCCCCGCACCCGCCUCGGCUGCCGCCUUCCCGCUCAACCUGUCCACCGCUGUCCCCUCCCUCUUCUCCGUGGCACAAGGACCUCUGCCAGCCUCCACUCCCUCCUACCCCAGCUUCUCCGUGUCCGGCGCCCCCGCACUGCCCUCGUUUCCAGGGCUGCAGGCGGCUACCUCCCAGGCGGCCACCGCCCCUUCGCCAGCUCCUGUCCUCCCGGGAUUCGCAUCCGCCUUCAGUUCCAAUUUCAACUCGGCUCUGGUGGCACAAGCUGGUUUAUCCUCUGGACUUCAAGCUGCAGGCAGUUCUGUGUUUCCAGGACUUUUGUCCCUCCCUGCCAUCCCCGGGUUUUCUCAGAAUCCCACGCAGUCAUCCUUGCAGGAGUUACAGCAUAAUGCAGCUGCACAGUCAGCCUUGUUACAGCAGGUCCAUUCAGCUUCUGCUCUGGACAGCUAUCCAGCUCAGCCAGAUGGGUUUCCUAGCUAUCCUUCAACACCGGGAACACCGUUUUCUCUGCAACCAGGCCUGUCCCAGAGUGGGUGGCAGUGAAUAUAUUUCCUUGCAUAUUCGCUUUCGGAGCAACAUCAGAAUUGCCUGAGGACUGCAGUGAACAAUCUGACAAAUGUGAGGUUGGCCGAAAGUCAGGAAAUGAGGAUGAGGAUAAUCCUGGGGAAAUGGGGAUAAGAGUUUUAAAAAUAGGGUUGCAUUUUUUAAAAAUGGUUUUAACUUUGAACACUCCCCUAUGUAAAUAUGCUGACAGUAAAUUGUAUGGAGAAUAGUAUUAAAAAGUGUUGAGGGACUCUUUACCUCCCACCCUAUGA